UAUCAUUCAAACUUGCCUUUAUAAACCAGUAAAGCACCACCCAAGUUCAAAGCAACAGAGAAAAGCAAGCAGCAAGCCUCAAACCACCAUGGAUGUAGAGAAAGUCUUUCACAUGACUGGAGGCAUUGGCCACAAUAGCUAUGCAAAAAACUCUUCCCUCCAAAAGAAGGCUUCUGAUAUGGUCAAGGACAUGACCUUAGAAACAGUCCAAGAACUUUACCUUACAACAGCUCCAAAGAGUUUAGGCAUAGCUGAUCUGGGUUGCUCAUCAGGACCCAACACCUUGUCAAUCAUGAAAGAGAUCAUUGAAGCAGUCCAAGGAACAAGUAGAAAAGCCUUCCACACAGCACCAGAAUUCAGAGUGUACCUUAAUGAUCUUCCCACCAAUGACUUCAACUCAAUCUUCAAGUCCUUGCCAGAGUUCUCAAGGGACCUCAACAAAGAAACGAACAGUGGGCCUCCUUCCAUUUAUAUAGGAGGUUAUCCAGGCUCAUUUUAUGGGAGACUUUUCCCCAACAACUCCUUGCACUUUGUAUAUUCAUCUUACAGUUUACACUGGCUGUCUAGGGUUCCUCCAGCUAUUUACUCAGAGCAAGGGAAGUCCUUAAACAAAGGCAGUGUUUACAUUUCUGAAUCAAGCCCUCUUGUAGUGGCUGACGCAUACUUGAAGCAAUUCCAGGAAGACUUCACUUUGUUUCUUCAGUCAAGGUCUGAGGAGUUGAUUUCAGGAGGAAAAAUGGUGCUGAUCUUGUUGGGCAGGAGUGGCCCAGAUCAUGUGGACAGAGGCAACUCUUUCUUCUGGGAGCUUCUUUAUCAGUCCAUUGCCAUUUUGGUUUCCAAGGGAGAAGUUGAGAAGGAAAAGCUGGAUUCAUAUGAUGUGCAUUUCUAUGCUCCAUCCAAAGAUGAAUUAGAAGAUGCAAUGAGGAAAGAGGGUUCUUUUGGAUUGGACAGGUUCGAGAUGUUUGAAUUAGAGAGGGACAAUCACAAGGACAAUGAGAGCUAUGCAACAAGUGUUGCAAUGACUGUAAGGGCUAUUCAAGAAUCAAUGAUUGGCCAACACUUUGGAGAAGAAAUCUUGGACAGUUUAUUUGAGAACUAUAGAAGAUUGGCGGGCGAAGAAAUUGCCAAAGAAGACAUUAAGCCUAUUACUUUUGGGCUUGUACUUAGAAAACUAUGAUAGUAGCAUUGACAAAUAGCAAUGCCUCAUGAUUGUCACUUUCCUCUUGCAUCAUUCUAAUUAAAUCAAGGAAAACUUCUUGUUUGCAGCAUCA